AUGAAGCAUUUUAUCGUUUUUCUGAUUAUGUUAAUCAUCCUAAACUGUUAAGCAUAAUCUUUAGAGAGAACAUUAAGAUAACGGUAUUAGCAGAAGUAGCUUGUCAAUUAAAUGACAUUUACAUAAAAUUAGUAUUAAACCCGACUAUUAUAAUAAGAUAAAGAUGAUUUAAUCGAACAUUAAGAAAAAACAUAAAAUGGUGAAAUGCUUGGAAAUCAAGAGGAUUAGAGAAUUAAAGUUAAGAAAAUUGUUAAGAAGAGAAGGAUUAUCCUUAAACCCAUACCUACUCCAUAAAAUGAGAAAGAAAUUCAUACAAAAAAAAGAAAGCUUCAUAAAAAAAUUUUAAAGUGCAAAAAAAUUAUACAGGAUUGA